CAGCUGAUUAUUCGAACUCAGAGUCACAGAGUCACUUGACACUACUCUCCUCGUCGUACAUACGCAAGCCAACGCAAAACUGCCCACAGCUUCAGCCAUGGGCAUCCCGCGCGCCGCGCGCCUCCUCGUGCUCGUCUCCGUCCUAGCCGCCAUCUCCCUCUCGUGCGGCGCCGCGGCGGCAGCACUGCCGCCGGUGUACGACACGGACGGCCACGAGCUGAGCGCCGACGCCGACUACUACGUCCUCCCGGUGCCCCACGGGAGCGGGAGCGGCGGCGGGCUCACCAUGGCGCCGAACGGCCUCCGGUGCCCGCUCUUCGUCGCGCAGGAGGCCGACCCGCUCCGCAAGGGCUUCCCCGUGCGCUUCACGCCGCUGCCGCAGCAGGGUGACCGCACCGUGCGCGUCGCCUCCGACGUCGGCGUCCACUUCGCCGCCGUGACGACGUGCGUGCAGACCACCGAGUGGCACGUCUCCGGCGACGGCGACGCGCUAGCCACAGCCCCAGCCCCAGCCCCGGUACUGUCGUCGGGCCGCCGGCUCGUCCUCACCGGCCCGGUCCGGUCCCCUAGCCCGAACGGGCGGGAGAAGGUGUUCCGCGUCGAGAAGCACGGCCGCGGCGGGUACAAGCUGGUGUGGUGCGGCGGGGCCGCCAGCGGCAGCACGUCGUCGUCGUGCCAGGACCUGGGCGUGUUCAGGGACGACGGGGACCGCCGCGCGUGGCUCGGCACCACCGAGACAGACCGGGCUCAUGCCGUCAAGUUCGAGAAGGCAGCGACCGUACAUGCUUGAAUCGUGAUGCGGUGCUUUGUGUAGCGUGCGUACAUAUGCAUGCCGAAUAAUUAUGGAUUUGUUCCGUUAUUGGCGACGAACUUGCUGUGAGUACUAUUUCUAUGUGAUCAGUCCAGGGCCCAGAUAUUAGAUAAAGGGUAAUAAAGCAAAAUUACGAGAGUC